UGCUGACAUCAAGGCAGUCCCUGUGUCCUGAGAGGGUCCAAACGAGAUCGACUAGGCAGCGUUCUCGCUGGCUGGAAUUAGCUGUAACGGUUCAAUCCAAUAGUACCCCAAAAACACUCGCCACACAGGACCGGGAGAAGCAGGCGCGUCAGUAAUUUGUGCGACGAGGGACAGAGCAAGCAGAGAUUUGAAGAUUGGGAGACAGAGGGGGAUGGCAGAGCAGCUGUGAGGCUGAAACGAAGACCCUGUUUUUUCCUCCAGGAUACUUUACGAAGCAUGACGAACGAAGGUGCCGCCAUGUUGAUAUGAUGACUUUCCCCAAGUGCCCUUUACUACAAGCAAAAAAACAGACGAAGGAGCGCCUACCUAAAGCAAUACCUCCACGAACCAACACCCAGCCAUGACAACCUCUCCCCAAGUAGCCAGGGCCUUUGACAGAUCUGUAUGACAGAGGUGUGGCAGGACCCACACACCACCUCACACAGCAGCAGAAAACGGCACACACCUGUUGGUACCUAGCACCUGUGGCAUUUCCAGCGUACCCUAGCGCCUGCCACCCCACUUCCACUUGACAUGGAGGUGGAGGGACACCUGCAGAGCGCAGUGACCAACGAGAGCCCGGCCAAGCACACCUCCUCACCUGCGCCCGCGCCACACACCUGUGACACCUGCGGCCGAACCUUCCCUUACCUCAGCGCCCUCACCAAGCACGCGCUCACGCACGCCACCGCGAAGGACGCGACAAAGUGCGUCGUCGGCUCCAAGGUCCCGCUGGACGAGAUCACGCUGGAGGGCGGCCUGGGCCAGACCUCCAUGGAGAUCCAGGAGGAGCAGGAGGAUGGAGGAGGAGGAGGAGGAGGAAGGCGAGGGGAGGAGGUGGUGGACGCCAAGAAGAAAGAGGAGGAGGUCAAGGACGUGAAGGUCAAAGAGGAGGAGGAGGGGGAGGGGGACAAGGAGGGAGGCGUUCCCGAGGAGCAGGAGGGGUGCUCCAGCCCCACCGAAAGCACGUCGGCCUGCAACCGGGUCGUGGACGAAGGGGAGAAAAGCGACUCAGCAAAGUCCCAGAGAAAGGGGGCAGCGGGGAGGAAAGAAAGGAACACUGGGAGCCCAUGCCCUCUGCGACAGAGGAAACUACGUAGUAACACACAGUCGGAGCAGGAGCGAAACGCACCUCCCGCACCACCUGAGGAGGCGCUGGCCUGUCACCUGUGUGGCUUUGAGGCCUCCAGCAAGGAGGAGCUCCACAGCCACGAGGAGAAGGUGCAUCUCUCCUCGGACACCCUUGCCAGUCGGGAGGGCUCCCCGGAGAACGACGCCGGCGCCCCAGACCAAGGCGACCUGGCCCAGGGAGGACCCCUAAAGACGCCGCACCCGUCAAAGAAGAACCAGGGCGGUCCUCUGGCGGAUCACGGAUGCCGGCUUUGCGGACGGCGCUUCCGGGAGCCCUGGUUCCUGCGCAGCCACAUGAAGACGCACACCAUCCGGGCUAAGGCCAAGGCGGGCGACGCCACUGAGGGGCCGGCCACCGUCAACGGCGUGGCCCAAGAGGACACGGCGCUGGCGAACGACGUGUGUCUCUACGAACUUUGCGCCAAGUGCGGCAACUUCUUCCAGGACCGGCAGAGCCUUUGGCUCCAUGAGCAGGUUCACGAGAGGGUCAGCGGUCGCAGCGAAGCCGAGAAGGAGAAUGAACCUCUGCAAAACAACAACACUAGCAGCAGCAACGGCAGCAACACGAAUGACACCAACAAGACUCCCAUGUCUAAGAAAGCUUUCUUGGAGUGCCUGAACCUCAGACCGGCAAGUCCCGAGGAGAAGCAGCCGUCAGAGGAGACUGUGGUGGUGAGUCGAAUCCCAGAGCUGGACCCCAUUAGCAGCUAUCAAGCCUGGCAGCUGGCCACCAGGGGCCGAGUGGUGGAGGCCCAUGAGCACGGCCUGGGCUGGGAAGAGAGGCUGGCCGACGCCGACGUAGCCUACGACCGGGAGAAGGGCGAGUACGUCCUGCUGAAGCAGGAGAAGCGGAAGAAGCAGCAGCUCGUCGCCACCACCCCCAGCGCCCUGACCAACACCACUGCCGCUGGUGCCGUCAGCAAGAAAAAACGGACCAACAACGGAGCCGGCGAGAAGAACGGACAUGGGGGCUCGUCGGGAGACGUGAGCCCGGAGAGCCACAGCGACUCGGAGUACCGGCCGACCGCCGGCAGCCGACGGGCUUCCCAGAACCAGAAGACGUCGGAGUGCCUGGAGUGUGGCAAGGGCUUCCGCUCGCAGCAGCAGAUGGUGAUCCACAUGCUGAUUCGGCAUGGCGGAGGCAGCGGUUUCGGGGCGGCCAUGCACGAGUCCUCGGCACCGAUAUUCGGGGAUGCAACGCUGUCGUUCUUAACGAACGCUGCAUUUAAGGACCAGAAGCUCACUGGACAAACCAAAGAUUCAGCAGACAAAAAGCCAUCAGCCUUGAAGCACACCGCCGGCUCUUCCUCAUCUCACCAGCAGGGGUCAGCGUCGUCACAACACAGCAGCAGCAGCAGCAGCAGUAGCCAGGCUGGAGCCCAGGAAGCUGCCAGCAGCAGCAAGCCGGAUGCCAGCGGCCUGCUCCGCCACAGCUGCCCCCUCUGCACCCACAGCACGCUCUACCCGGAAGUGCUCUGGAUCCACCAGCGCGUGGCGCACAAGGUCAACAGCGGCAGCACGCUGGCGCCCAAGUGGGCCCUGCGCAACGGCUUCAAGAGCCCCCGCUCCAGCGUGGAGUUCCGCCGGCGCACGGGGCCGCCGCCCUUCCUGGAGGGCAAGGACUGCCCGGCACUCAGCGAGAGCCGGAAGCCGCGCACCCAGCCUCCGGAGUCCUCCUCCUCCUCCAGCCCCACCGCCACGGCAGCCACGGGCAACGGGGCAAAGGCCGACCGUACUACUACCACCACCACCACCAGCAGCAGCACUAGUGACUCCAACAGCCCCUCCAGACACUCCAGGGGGGUGCAGCCUCACAAAGCCUCAUCUUCCUCAUCUUCCUCCAACUUGGCGUCGAACCACCACCACCACCACCACCCCUCCUCCAAGGCCGCAACGAGCUCGAGCAGCAGCAGCAGCAAUGCCAGCGGAGGCAGCCGGAAGCGUCACGCCCCCUCAGACUCUCCGUCGCUCUCCUCCACCCUCUCCUCCUCAGGGAACCCCAAGAAGCCCUCUCUGGCCCCCAGCCCCAAGGGGGCCAGCAGCAGCAGCAGCAGCAGCAGUAGCCUCCGGGCCUCUGCCAGCAGCCUGCUGCCUCAGGAGGGCCUCCACUUUGUCCUGGCCAGCCAGCACCACCACAGCCAAGGCCACGGCCAGCACGGCCACUCCCACGAGCAGGGCAAAGGAAGCGCGUCGAGGUCAAACACCCCUUCCUCCUCCUCCACCUCCACCUCCUCCUCCUCCCAGCGCAUUGGUGGUGAGAGUGCCCGUGGUGGUGGUGGUGGAAGGGACGACGGGAGCCACUCGCUGUCCUCCUCGCAAGAGUCCUCCGUUCCGGACGCAUCGUCGUCGUCGUCGUUGCUGUUACAGAGGAGGGCGGCACUGGACGCGCUGGCGGGUUACCCGGUGGCGUCGGGCGAGGCGGUGGCGUCUCAGAUGGACCUCCUGGGGCUCCUGAAGAACUGCAACCCCAGCGAGCUGGCCGCGCUCUACCAUCACUGGGGCCUGGGCAACGCCACCGCCGCCAUGUUGGACCAGGCUGGCGUGGCGAGGUCCUUGUUUCAGCAGAUGAAGUACGUGUGCCCUGUGUGUGGGAAGAGCUUCAGUCAACCCAGCCACUACCGCACACACAUGAGGUCACACACAGGUGAGAGGCCGUUCCGCUGCCGCUACUGCCCCUACAGCGCCUCUCAGAAAGGGAACCUGAAGACGCACGUGCAGACGGUGCACCGCGUGGCGUUUGACAACACCAGCUACUCCGACGGCAGGCUGCGGCCCACCACCACCACCACCCAGCCCGAGGACACACCCUCAGCCCCACACACCCCCAGCCCAACCACCCUCCAGGACACCCCACCACCACCACCUCCCCAGAAGGAGGAGUCCACCACCCCUGACCCAGAGGGCCUGUUCUCAGAAGGCCUGGACCACUGAGAUACGUAGACCACCACUGCUCCUCCAUGUGAUCGACAUCACCCACCCUUCCCAACCAACCAACACCCACAAUGUGAUAGACUCUAAAGAGACUUCUUCAACACACACCCCCCCUUCUUCCUCUAUACACCGUAAUUGCAGCCAAUCCCUUCCAAAAAACACUCCUCUGUGUUUACAGGAUUUCACUGAAAUCAUCUUUAGCAGGCAUCUUGCGAACACCAAGGACUAAGGAGUUGAUGCACACUGUUGGUUUGUUUUGUUUGUUUGUUGAGCUGAAAGGACUGCUUUUCCUUCUAUAUACUGUAUGUAGGUUUCGGAAAAAUCCUUGUCCCUCCGGCUCAAACUGAUCGAACUGUUGUGUUUGAAUUUUUUUGAAACACAAAUACAUUAAGUCCCAUCACACCCAGGGAUUUGGGAUGUGUAAUACUUGAGAAUAUUGGAAACAAAAAAAGACUCGAUUCACUAUGAACGUAGUGACGGAUUUGCGACACCUGAGUAAGAAAUUCAACAUGUGAAUUUCAAGAGACUUUGACUUGAAGAUUGGACCUGUAGACUUUUUUCAUUUGAGUAUUGGAGUGCUAUUGACUCCCAGGUUUAAAAAAAAAAACGAAAAAAACAAACAAA